AUGCUGGGUCCCGCCGACGGCGUGGCGCUGACGCCGGGCGCCGCUGCUGACGCGGCUCAUGUGCUUGGCGGGCCGGAGCUCGACGCGGCCUGCAGCUUCCUGCGGCAGGUGGUUGGCGAGUCCAGGGCCGAGUUCCGGGCGUACGACGCCGCACGCCGCGCGGAGCGGCUGGCCCGCCCGGCUGAUGGCGGCAGUAGCGGCGCCGCCGCGGCCGCCGAUGCCGCCGCGGCGGUGUGCACCGACAGCAACGCGACGGACGCCGCUGCCGGCGAGGCCGGCGAGUCGCUGCAGGGCCUGGUUCGCGGGCUGCUGCGGCCGUUGGUGUGCGAGCGCCUCGAGCCCGUGGCGGCGCUGGCGCAGGAGCAGAUUCUGCACCAACUGGCCGCCCUUGACCGGGAGGCAGCCGCGCGCGCGAGCGACCCUCCAGCGUGGGGCGCCGCGCUGAUGCGCAAGAGCUUCGCGGCGCAACUGAUUGAGAGGGGUUUUCUGGACGACCUGCUAAAGGACGCGCGCCUGCAGGAGCUCGCGGCUUAUGUUUGCACCCACUCGGGGGACAGGCUGCCGCCGCGGCCCCGCCUGCGGCCGGCGCUGACAACGCGGCCGCCUCCGCCCGCGCAGCCGGUCGGCGUCCCCAGGGGCACUGGCGACCGCGCCCGCGGUGGAUGCAGCAGUGGGCAGGCUGGCGAGGCGGAGGAUGAGGAAGCAGCCGGGCAGCAGCCCCUGCAGCAAGGCGAGCGCCACACCAGCGCCUUUGGCGCCGGCUUCCCUGUGCCGUUUGAUUCGCCGUUCGUGCUGCGCCGCCUGCUGUGGGGCCUUCUGGGCCGACUGGCGCCCCGCGUCCGCGAGCGGCUUGCCCGUGGCGCCGGCAUGUGCCCGCACAGCAGCAGCACGCCCCUUUGGUCGUGCGUGUCCAACUCACUCAUCUGGGCCAUCUCCUGGGGGCCCGGCGGGCGCGGGUUGGCGCUGGCGGCGGCGGCGGGAGUGGAGGUCGGGGCCGCGGCGCGCGAGGAGGCGGAGGCUGCGUAUGCCCGUGCGCUCGACGCCACAUUUGAGCAGGCCUACUCCCCAAGCCGAGUCGCGCUGGCCUGCCGUAUCAUCGAGGCCCUCGGCCCCCAGGAGUUUGCCCUCACCCCCGCCCCCGAGACCGUCGUGUUGUGGCCCGCCAUGGCGCGCCAGGCCAUGUCCCUCGCACUGCUGCAGUGCGUGGGCCCCGAGGGCUGGGCGCACCUGCCAGGUGCAGUGCCUGGCGCCAGCCGCAGCACAUGUGCCGCAAGAGCGGCCGACGAGGGCGAGGGCGCGCCGCCGAUGUGGGCGGUCUGGUUCCACAUGCGCAUGUUGGGUGCGUGCGGCCAGGGCGGCGGGGGGCCCGCGCGGGCGCGCCGCGGGGCGGUCGCAGCGGAGCUUGCGCGGCGGCUGGCGCAGCCGGGCGCCGGCGGGGCGGCGCGCGAGGCCGCGGUGGCUGCGGCGGUCAGGCGGCUGUACGAUGACCCGGACCUGAGGUGA